AUGGAGGAGAUUGAUUGCGUGGUUGUGGGUGCUGGAUGGUACGGGCUAGCUGCAGCCCAGCAGUUCCACUACACUCAGCCUGACAGUUCGCUGGUCAUCCUGGAUGCCCAGCCAUCACUAGGUGGAACAUGGGCAGAAGAACGACAUUACCCUCUCUUGAAGAGCAAUAAUCUUCUUGGGACAUACGAGUACCCUGGGUUUCCGAUGAGCAGCCACAAAUUCGACGUCAAACCCGGCCAGCAUCUCAAAGCAGCAGCCAUAAACUCCUACCUGAAGGCGUAUGCAGAGCAUAGCGAGAUAGCGGAUCUCAUACGCUUCAAUCACAAGGCGCUGUCUGCCGAACACCAGGACACGGACGCUGGAGGCUGGGUUUUGACUAUUGCGGCUAAGGAGGGGGAGAAGACGAUCUUUGCCCGCCGCCUGAUCAUCGCAACUGGACUGACUUCGAAUGAAUUCCUCCCGCACUUCGACGGACAAGAAGACUUCCGAGGUAGGGUCUUCCAUGGGAAGCGAUUUCGACAGAACAGCGAUACCUUGAAAAUGGCCAAGGCUGUUACGGUAUUCGGCGCUACCAAGUCUUCGUGGGAUGCCGUGUACGCAUAUGCUACUGCUGGUGUGAAGGUGAAUUGGGUUGUUCGAGCCAGCGGUCACGGACCAUGUUGGAUCUCUAGCCCCUAUGCGACACCUCUGAAGUUGCGCCUGGAGAAGCUCGCCAACACACGGCUAAUGACCUGGUUCAGCCCAUGCAUCUGGGGUGAGGCCGAUGGCUACAGCUGGAUAAGGCGCUUUUUGCACGGCACGGCCACCGGGCGAUUCAUCGUAGACAAACUUUGGAAGACGGUUACUGGCGACAUUAUGUCGCAGAAUGAUUACGACGCACAUCCAGACACAGCAAAACUCAAGCCAUGGACAGAGAUGAUGUUCACAGGCGACAGCUACAGCAUCCUGAACUACGACCAAGAUAUAUUUUCGCUUAUAAAAAGCAAUCUGGUAAACGUUCAUGUCGGAGAGAUCGAUCAUCUCAGCACCCGCAGAGUCCACCUUGCAGACGGUACCGAAUUUGAAUCGGAUGUUCUCAUCGCCAACACUGGCUGGAAGCACGUACCGAGCAUCGACUUCUUACCCAAAGGCAUCGAGACGGAGCUCGGUAUCCCACACCAGCCGACGGAGUCCGGGUCCGCACCGGCGCAAGACCUUGCAAACCAGCACGUCCUGGUCGAAGCCGCCGACGGAGAAAUCCAGCAGCGGUUUCCCCGGCUGAGGCGCCAGCCGGUGUGGAAUGCGCACUACAAGCCGAUAACGGAGCAGAAAGGCAUCAGCUCCGACACGGCCGACGAGGUGACUCCGUAUACCCCGUUGACGCCGUAUAUGCUGCACCGCUUCAUGGUGCCUGCGUCUGCGCGGUUCCUGCGUACGCGCGAUAUUGCGUUCGCGGGCAUGAUGUCGAAUUUCAGCAAUGCCAUCACGGCGCAUAUCUGCGGGCUGUGGAUCAGCGCCUUCUUCGCCGGGAAGCUGGCCAUCGACGCCGAGAUCGAUACCGGCGCCUCGGCCUUGGAGCCGCCGACAGACGGCAACAUAGGGGGGAGCCUCAGAAGGCUGCAGUACGAAACUAUGUUGUUCAAUCGCUGGGGCAAGUGGCGCUACCCGACGGACUGGGGCACCAAGCGGCCGAGCUUCACGUUUGACGCCGUGCCCUACUUCGAUCUGCUGCAGAGGGACCUGGGGCUCAACCAAUACCGCAAGGGCGGCUGGUUCGCCGAGAUGACGCAGGCGUAUGGGCCGACGGAUUACGAGGACAUCACCGAUGAGUGGAUGCGGAAGCAGAAGGAUUGA